AUGAAGGCAUCGAACCGCUCUCGAGAGUCAAAUAACCGGUUUCUGGCAUACUUUAAUAUCCUCCUGAUCAUCCAAUCGCAUGCGAGUACUCUACCGCAUAAGAUACCGGUUAAUGACUUACGAAGUAAAGAUUGUGCGUUCGAGUUUUCCGGACAAAGAUAUGAUUUCUGUCCGUUGUUGAGAGGCGGGGCGAGGAGGUCCGUAGACGCGGGCGUAGUGCGUAGAGAAGCAUGGGGGUGGAGAAUUGCGUACGAACUAGUAUUCGCCGGUGGGGUGGACGGGGAGCCAACUGACUCGGAACCAUCGUGUCCAGAAGGGACUUGGGUUUGCAUGACGGCCGUUAUCGAUUGGUCCUCAGACGAAGUCGAGAACAAAGAUCCAAGCUGGAUUUUGACCGCGAUUGGGAGAAAGAGGGUAGUGACAACCGAUGUAGAGGUUGUUGCAUCACUUGCAACAGGGAAGGGGGACAAUAGCUCGGCUGAGAGGCCAAGCAAAAGUAAUAACGCCAAUUGUCUUGCACUUGAGAGGGGAUGUGGGCGACACCUCGAAGGCGAUGAUGAUCUUCGAUUUGUUGAGGACCGUGGGGGAGUACAUUCCUUCUUAUGGAUCACCCAGCACGUGUGUUCGGUGGAGCAGAAAAGCAGCGCCAAAGCUGCUUUGCAGUUGUCGCCGGCAGAAGAUGGCAUUGACGAUACCUCACCGCCUGCGAAAGAGGAAAAGAAGGGCGAGGAAAUGUUGAAGCCUAACCCCAGGCUAAACAAAAUCAGAGGGUGGACCUUCGCAGUUUUCCUGCUAGUCGUGCUUAUCGUCCCUCGCGAAAGUUUCGUAAUUAUCUGCGCGUCUGUUCUCACUGUAUCACCAUGGGCGCUGAAUAUGGUCGACGAACGACUGCAUGCUCCAGUGAUUUCUCGGGUUGUCGUUGUCCUCGAGCCUUUACAAAAGCUUCUUGGCGCAUUUUCCCCUACUUCUUUGUAUCACUUCGGGUUACGAUUUAGGCGGGAGGGCAGCAGGCUCGACCAAUGGGAACAAGAAGAAAUGUCUCUAGAAGAGGAUAUCAUGGUCAACGGCGCAAGCACAUAUGACAGAUACGGAAUACCUGAGAACAGAUGGAAUGCAGAUGACUUUGGAGAGGACAUCCCGCUCACGACCAGCCCGAAGUGGAGACCGGCGCGGAAUGAAGUACCACUGGUUAUUCCCAUUGUAACGGGCGAACGCACAGCGGCUUUGGACAAACUUUUGCCUGUUCAGCGUGCUCAUGUUGCAAGACUUUCCCGCGAGCUCAACCCUGUCGUGUAUGAAUUCCCUCUCGACCCAGCGGCGAUAUGCAACUGUUUAGACAAGGCCUCACCUCUUCCACCUGAUACGAAUGAAGAGGAACGUCAGAGACUCGCAGUUAGUCGGAUGAUUGGCGUGUUAAGCUACCUUGAAGCGCAAUGCAUGGAGAUAUGGCCAGGGUACCGCAAUAUACACUUCUCGUCGGCUUAUCUCAACAAGAAGCGGAGGUUCGUUCUGCAUUUUGGCAAGUGCCUUCGUCGUGACGGUAGUCUCAUCCGAAAUGGUGACCAACUGGAGCAAUUGAAGAAGAUUCUGGCUAAGGACGGGUUUACUGAAGAACCGGGGUGGUUUGUUUUCAUUCGAUGA